AGAAUGUGAGUACAUGGUAAAGACGGAGAGAAGAUUGCAUCAGGGAUUCUGGCAGCUGCUUUUCCUCCGCUCUGUGCAGACAGGGGGUGGGGUGCCGGCUGGAGCUGGGAGGAGAAAAGGGGGGAUUUAGGAAUAUUCUUUGUCCUCGCCCCGUAGUACAACGCACAACUGGAGAAGGACGCAGGCUCCUCGUGGAAAACAAAGGCUGGACGGCUUGGCGUUGGAGCGGGAGAGCUGUCUUCUAACAGUAACGACGGAGAGAACGACAACUUUUAAUGAGCCACAACAAAGGAGCCAGAAUCACAACUUAAGGUUUGAGAGGUUCCUUCUUGCUGAAGCGGCAAAAUGAGCUGGAGUUUCCUCACACGUUUGUUAGAUGAGAUCAACAAUCACUCCACCUUUGUGGGCAAGAUCUGGCUCACAAUCCUCAUUGUUUUCCGCAUCGUGCUGACAGCAGUUGGGGGCGAGUCAAUUUACUAUGAUGAACAGAGUAAAUUUGUGUGUAACACACAGCAGCCCGGUUGUGAGAAUGUGUGCUAUGAUGCGUUUGCACCACUGUCGCACAUUCGCUUCUGGGUCUUUCAGGUCAUUAUGAUCACCACCCCCACCAUUAUGUACCUUGGCUUUGCUAUGCAUAAGAUUGCCCGAAUGGGUGACGAGGACUACAGACCCCGCGGCAGGAAGAGGAUCCCUAUAGUGAGCCGUGGGGCCAACCGGGACUACGAGGAGGCAGAGGAUAAUGGGGAGGAGGACCCCAUGAUCAUGGAGGAGAUUGAGCCAGAAAAGGAAAAGGAAAAGGAAGUUGUGGAGAAACCCAGCAAAAAGCAUGAUGGACGCCGCCGCAUCAAAAAAGAUGGCCUGAUGAAGGUCUAUGUGUUUCAGCUGCUGUCACGUGCCAUCUUCGAGGCCUGUUUCCUGUUUGGACAGUACAUCCUUUAUGGGCUGGAGGUGGCACCGUCAUAUGUAUGCACACGCUCCCCCUGCCCGCACACAAUAGAUUGCUUUGUCUCACGCCCUACAGAGAAAACAAUCUUCCUGAUCAUCAUGUAUGCCGUCAGCGCCUUAUGUUUGCUCUUCACCCUGCUGGAGAUCCUUCACCUUGGCAUCAGCGGUAUUCGUGACUGCUUUUGCACACCACGGUCUCGACCUCCCACCCCUCGUCACUCGGCUCUGGCCAGCCAGAGGUCCUCCAUCUCCCGCCAGCCCUCUGCACCUCCAGGCUACCACACAGCUCUGAAGAAGGACCCAACAGGAAAAAUGGGCUUUAGGGAUAACGUGGGAGACUCGGGUCGCGAGUCAUUUGGGGAUGAAGCUACAUCACGGGAGCUGGAGAGGCUGCGCAGACAUCUUAAACUGGCCCAGCAGCAUCUGGAUAUGGCGUACCAGAAUGAGGAGAACAGCCCGUCCCGCAGCAGCAGCCCAGAGUCCAAUGGCACCGCAGUAGAGCAGAACAGGCUGAACUUCGCCCAGGAGAAGCAGAGCAGUACAUGUGAGAAAGGUCUUCGUGCAUAGCUUGUCACUGGCAGUUCACAUCAGGAGCAGUGAGCAAACAUAAGGGAAUCAAACAAAGGGAGUGUGUGCAUGUGUGUGUGUGUGUGUGUGUGUAUGUGUGUGUGUGUGUGUGUGUGUGCGUGCGAUGUCGAAAGUUCACUUGAGGUGGAUAAAGUCAGCCCGAGCCUUUCAGUGUUAUGACCAGUCAAGUCAAAUGAGAACGAGAAUGCUCGUCUCAACCCAGCAAUACUUGAGACAGCAGACUGUCUGAACAUCCAAAGUGCUUACAAAGUUCCGUUGUGCAACAGUUAUUGUUGAAAUGUACUUCUCCCUCAGGGCAGCUAUCCUUUAAACUUUUUUCUUUAGUAUUUUUAUUAUGAGUUUUAGUGGUAUUAGUAAAUUUUACGAAUUUGUUCUCUGAAGUUCGCAGUGAGUUCAUCUCAUAUUUGCCUUAGACCUAAACUGGAACUCCAUGUUAUGACAUUUUGUUGAGGUAAGGUCAAGUCAGUUGUAGUGGAGAAGAGUUGUGUGCUGCGAUGAAGUGACCAGUGAGUGCGCGAGUACCUGUAGGUGCCAACAAAAGGUUAAUGGACAACACACCACUCUCAGAAGAAGGCUACUGGACUGGACAUGCUAAUGAAGACUUUCUGUUCAUUUUCAUACAGAGGUUUCCUUCAAGUGUGUCACUUAUUUUGACAACGUUGACACUGCACCAGUCACAUUCAAGUCCUGGUGCCUGGUAGAGUAACUGGAACACACUUGGGGUGCCUUUUGUCCAAAGGAGUAAACGAACCUGGAUAAUGCUUGAAAAACAUGUAACUCUUGAUAUUGAUUUAACUUGUAUUUGAUACUAUUCCAUAUUUUUCUGUUAGUUUAGGGUAUUGUGACAAUGAAAAGAAGCUCUUGUCACUGUGGCCAACACUUAUUUUCCUUCUUUUUGUUUUAAAGAAUGACAUUCACUGCUGUCUUAGCUCUCCGAAGCCUGACUCUGCAUUUUGAAUUUGUUUUGGUACGAAUUUGCGUUCAGCUGCUUUUCUUGUUUAGUAACUACAGUUUUUGGCUUAGAGCUUCUAUAGGGUACAUAUCGUCUUUGACGGUUAAAUAAGUUGGUUGGUUAAAUAAGGGAUAAUGCCAUAUGUUACGUUCAUCUUCCAUGUCUGAAAGGGCUGAUUUCUGUUUCAGAGUCCAGACGAGGGUUGCAAUCAAAAUGAUCAUCUCAAUGUGAAUUCAGUGGCUUGAAUGUGCGAUGCUAAAAUCACAACUUCUGUACGGAGUCAUACCCACAUGCCAUUAGUGCCAACUCGAAUAUUGUCAUCUCAAGUUAUUUUUGACCAAUGAUUUUUAUACUUUUUUAAAUACUUUUGUACCU